GAUAGCAGAUACUAGAUACUAUCUAUAACCGUGAUUAGGACAUAGCAUAUUUUUUGAAGUUAAAAAAUUAAAAUUAUGAAAAAAAGAGUCGUAAUAACUGGUAUGGGUGCCAUUUGUCCUGCUGGUGCCAAUAAACAUACGUCUUGGAAAAAUGUUUUGUCAGGAAAAUCAUUUGUAAGAAAAUUGGACAAUGACCUUUACAAAAAUAUUCCUUCCAAAAUCGCAGCGACUCUGGACGGACUGGAGAAUUUACCAGAAUCAGUGCCCAAGAGCAAAGUACGUACCAUGGCUCCUUCGACUCGUCUAGCUCUAAUUGCUGCACAAGAAGCGGUUGAUGAUUCUAAACUAUUUUUAUCUACAGUCGAUAAAGAAAAUAUCGGUGUCAGUGUAGGAGUAGGAAUGGUGGACUUAGAGGAUGUGUGUCAAACAGCCAAGGCUUUAGAAAUUAGUUACAGUAAAGUCAGCCCAUACUUUGUGCCACGCAUUCUACUCAAUAUGGCUGCUGGCCAAAUAAGCAUGACUUACGGUAUACAAGGACCCAAUCAUGCUGUGUCUACUGCUUGUGCAACCGGAGCCCAUGCAAUUGGUGAUGGUUUUCGUUUUAUUCAGUAUGGACAAGCAAAAGCAAUGAUUUGUGGUGCUGCUGAGUCAUGUAUAAGCCCAUUGUCAAUAGCUUCUUUUUGUAGAAUACGGGCACUAUCUACUCAAAACGAUAAACCAGAAUUGGCAUCAAGACCGUUUGAUGUAAAUCGAGAUGGUUUUGUUAUCGGUGAAGGGUCUGGUAUGCUUAUACUAGAAGAAUUGGAACAUGCGCUUAAUAGAAACGCUCAUAUUUAUGGAGAAGUUCUGGGUUAUGGUCUAUCUGGUGAUGCUUCACACUUAACAGCACCACCAGAAAAUGGCCAAGGAGCUUUACUAGCCAUGACUAGAGCCAUUUUAGAUGCUAAUGUAGAUUAUACACAAAUUUCAUACGUAAAUGCACAUGCCACUUCAACUCCAGUAGGAGAUGCCAUUGAAUUAACGGCAAUUAAAAGACUUUUUAAUGAGCACUGCAUUAAUGUACAUGUUUCAUCCACAAAAGGUAGUCAUGGUCAUUUACUAGGAUCUGCGGGUAAUUUAGAGAGUAUUUUUACAAUUCUUGCUUGUUAUGAAGGUGUCAUUCCACCUACAGCAAAUCUAAACAACAUUUGCAAAGAAGCUGAAAAUUUAAUUUGUGUUUCUAAAAGUCCAAUGCAAUGGAAACAAGAAAAAAGAAUAGCAAUAAAAAAUGCAUUUGGUUUUGGAGGUACAAAUGCAUGUCUUUGUUUUUCUAAUUUUAUUUCAUGAUUAUAAAACUAGUAUAACUUUUAAACCUAACUAUAUGGAUCACAAAAUGCUAAUGCUGUAAGUGAUUUUUGAUGUCCUUCAUAUUCACGUUCUAUAUUGCCACUUUCUAUGUUCCAUAAUCUUGCCAUGCCAUCUGAUGAAGCUAAACAAUAAGAAAAGAAAAUCAUGAAGUAUAAUAUUAUGUAUCCACUAUAAAAUGUGUAGAAAAAUAGUACUGCCAAAUAAUGUAAAAAUGUUGAUUUAUUUAAACCUGUUAAUCAAAUAUAAAACUUAAUUUUAUAA